UGGAGCAACGGGCGCAGGAGGGACGUGGGGUGCAGAGGGAAAUGGGGGGCAGGGGACAUGCGGGGUGCUGGGGGCAGGUGCUGGGGGCAGGACCCACAUGGGGUGCAGGGUGAGCGGUGCAAGUGCUGGGUGCAGGUGACGGAUGUGGGGUGCUGGGCGCAGGGUGCUGGAUGGGGGGUGCACGACCACAGGGGGUGCUGGGUGCAGGUGCAGGGUGCAGGACCCAGGUGCAGGGUGUUGGAGGGUGCAGGGUGCUGGGUGCACGGUGCUCGGUGCCGGACCCAGGACCCAGGCGGGUGCUUCCCCCCCCACCCCGCCCAGGACUUCACGCGGGGGGGGCAGGCGGAGGCGUCGCGCUGCGCCCCCCGGGAGGCCCUGGAGCGCGCCGGGUGCCCCCCCCACGCCGUGCUGGAGCCCCGCGGGCGCACGCGGGUGCUGGAGGACGAGGAGCUGGGGGGGGCCGGGGGGGGCAGGACGCAGAGCCAGCUGCGGCCCCAGAGGAUUGCGCUGGAGCUUCGGCCUGGCGAGGAGCGGCCCCUGGAGGUGCGGUUCCGGCGCGCGGGCGGCCUCCCGCUGGACCUCUACUACCUGAUGGACCUCUCGUACUCCAUGCGCGACGACCUGCGCACGCUGCGCCGCCUGGGCAGCGACCUGCUGGCCGCCCUGCGCAACGCCUCCACCUCCGUGCGCAUCGGGUUCGGCGCCUUCGUGGACAAGCCGGUGCUGCCGUUCGUCAGCACGGUGCCCUCCAAGCUGCACAACCCCUGCCCCGAGCGGGGGCAGCCCUGCGACCCCCCCGCCGCCUUCCGCCACCUGCUCUCGCUCACCGCUGACGCCGGGGAGUUCGCGCGGCGCCUCGAGGGGCAGCGCAUCUCCGGCAACCUCGACGCGCCCGAGGGGGGCUUCGACGCCAUGAUGCAGGUGGCGCUGUGCCAGGAGCGCAUCGGCUGGCGCCCCGUGACGCGGCUGCUGGUGUUUGCCUCGGACGACGCGUUCCACACGGCAGGCGACGGGCGCCUGGCCGGCAUCGUCCUGCCCAGCGACAGCCGCUGCCACCUGGACGCCAGCGGCGUCUACAACCGCAGCCACCUCUACGAUUACCCCUCGGUGGGGCACUUGGCGCAGGUGCUGUCGGCCGCCAACAUCCAGCCCAUCUUCGCCGUCACCCGGCCCACGGUGCCGCUCUACAAGGAGCUGAGCCGCCUGAUCCCCAAGUCGGUGGUGGGGGAGCUGCGGGACGACUCCAGCAACGUGGUGCAGCUCAUCACGGACGCCUACAACAGCCUGACCUCGACGGUGGAGCUGCAGCACUCGCCACUGCCCCCCGGGCUCAGCCUCAGCUUCCAGGCCCACUGCGGGGGCCCCCCCGAGCCCCCCCAGCCCCACCGCGGCCUCUGCUCGGGCGUGCGCGUCAACCAGCAGGUGAACUUCACGGUGCGGGUGCGGGCGGACGCGUGCCUGGAGGCCCCCCAGCACGUGGCCCUGCGGGUGCUGGGGGUGCCGGAGCAGCUGCACCUCGAGGUGCGCACCCUCUGCCACUGCCCCUGCGCCCAGCGCGCCCCCCGUGCCCCCCUCUGCCACGGGGGCGACCUCGACUGCGGCGUCUGCAGGUGCCCCGUGGGCCGUCAGGGCCGGCGCUGCGAGUGCGAGGGGCCGGAGGCAGAGGAGGAGGUGGGGGGGGGCUGCCGGCCCCCCAACAGCACGGCCCCCCCCUGCAGCGGGCGGGGGCACUGCGUCUGCGGCGCCUGCGAGUGCCCCCCCGGGCUGAGCGGCCGCUUCUGCGAGUGCGACAGCAGCGCCUGCGAGCGGCACGAGGGGCUGCCCUGCGGAGGCCCGCAGCGGGGCGCGUGCGAGUGCGGGCGGUGCCGGUGCCACGCGGGCUUCGCGGGCGGCGGCUGCGGGUGCAGCCUGGCGCGGGGCGGCUGCCGCCGGGGGGGCCGCGAGUGCAGCGGGCGGGGGCGCUGCGAGUGCGGGCGCUGCCGCUGCCAGCCCGGCUUUGUGGGGCCCUUCUGCGCCCGCUGCCCCUCCUGCCCCGGGCCCUGCCAGCGCCUGCGGGACUGCGUGGAUUGCGGCGCCUUCGGGGGGGGGCCCCUGCGCGGGAACUGCAGCCAGGCCUGCAACGGGACGGUGCUGCGGGUGCUGCCCCCCCCGGCCCCCCCCACCCCCGCCCUGUGCCGGGAGAAGGCGGCCGACGGGCGCAUCCUCGUCUUCCUCAUCGAGCGGGGGGGCGGCGAGGAGGAGGACGAGGAGGAGGAGGAGGACGGCGGGGACGUGGCGGUCACCGUCUGGGCUGAGGAGGGUGAGCACAGGGGGGCGCCGGGACCCCAAGCCCCCCAGGGACCCCACACCUGGGGGUCCCCAAACCCCAAGGGACUGGGUUGGGGGGGGGGGGCUGGUCUCAUGGGACCCCCUGGCUGGGGUUGGGGAGGUGCUGGCCCCCACAGGACCCCCUUGACCAUGGUGAGGGGGGACCCUUGGCCCCCAUGGGACCCCUGGCGGGGUUUGGGGGGUCCUGGCCCCCCUGGGACCCCUUGGAUGGGUUUUGGGGGGGGGGGGGGUCCUGGCCCCCGUGGCACCCCUUAGACAGGCCUGGGGAUGUCCUGGUGUCCAUGGGCCCCCCCAGCUGUGUUCGGGGGGCUCCUGGCCACCACGCACCCCCCCCUGCCGGGUUCGGGGGGGCGGUGGGGGCCCCCCCGGCCCCGCUGACCC